AUGUCUGCAUACGGUGGAUACCAAAAGACUAGCUACGGCGCCCAGGGCGGCGAUGACUCUGGUGGCUUCUUUGCCGGAGGGGGUUCACAGCAAGGCAGCCAAGGUGGUGGUGGUGGCAAGUCAUACCAAGACGAAUCAUUACGGCCCUUGACCAUCAAGCAGAUCCUCGAAGCUGAGGAGCCGUACUCCGGUGCAGACUUCAAAGUGGACGGCGCUCCCAUCACUCAAAUCACAUUCGUCGGCCAGGUCCGCAGCAUAAAUCCACAACAGACGAACCUGACGAUCAAGGUCGACGACGGCACAGGGCAAAUUGACGUGAAGAAGUGGAUCGACGCGGACAAACAAGGAGACGCAGAGCCCGGCUUCGAGAUUGAUUCACACAUCCGCGUCUGGGGUCGUCUCAAGUCAUUUUCCAACAAGCGACACGUUGGAGCCCACGUCAUUCGACCAGUAACCGACUUUAACGAGGUCAACUACCACCUACUCGAGGCGACAUACGUACAUUUGUUCUACACUCGUGGCGCCACCGGUGACUCCGGUGCAGGACCAAACAACGCUGAUAGUAUGUUCGUUGAUGGCGGCGAUGGCUAUAACGCUGGCGCCGGUGGAGGCCAGCUUCCCAGCAAGCUCUCUGGAUGCACUGCCAACGCAAAGAGAGUGUAUAACUACUUGAAUGACACACCGGGAGGCAGCGACGGAAUGCAUCUGAGUAACAUUACAGGGGCACUGGGGUUGGCGAUGCGAGAGGUGCUCACAGCGGCGGAUGAGCUUCUGGGAUUGGGUAUUAUCUACACAACAGUUGACGACGAGACAUGGGCCAUUUUAGAAUAUUAA